CACUCACUCACUCUCUCGCUCACGCACACACACACUCACUCUCUCUCUCACAGACACACACAGAGCAGCUCGACGGCGUCUUCAUUUCACUGUUCCAGUAUGUCCUGCCCCAUUAAUGCAGACUUGGAGCUGGAACUGGACGAGCUGCUCCAGGAGUUCCAGGACGUGGUGGAGGAGCUGAAGGCUCCGUCUCAAGGCAAAGCGGACGCUUACCAGCAGAUCCUGCAGGAGGCCAAGAGUCGCACAGGGCAGGGGGAGGACAGCGGAGUUGAGGACUCUGAUUACAGCAGCGAGGCUUCUUUGGGAAACAGUUUGAACACCAGCGAGGAGGAGCUUCACACAGCAGGCAUCACGCUGGCACCGAAAGCCAAGCUGGGAGACACAAGGGAACUUGAGAGCUUUAUCGACAUGUUGGACCGGGAACUCGCUGAGAUGUGAACAGAGAGCGGACAGCGAGCCACGCAGAGGGGGGGAGAAACAGGCCGGGGGCGACAUGGCUGGCUACUGCCGAGCAGACAGGCAGAUCUUCACCCGAGCAGAUCCAAAGGGAACAAAUGCUCCCCUAGCUGCUCUGGGGGAAAAGGUUAACAUCAGAAAUUAAAAGGGCACUUCAUUCCAAAAAAAAAAUGCAAGAACACCCUCAGACCCUCGGCGGCGCCGUGUCCAGCUGGCGAGAUGACGUCCCUGCAGCAUCAGAUCCAAUAUGUGUAACAUAUUCUCCAAACUAGACAAAGCUUUCAUCUGCCUUGAGUAUAGAAAGUAUGUUCACGCCACAUUAGAAAUUCCUCAGGGCUAUGUGAGAGUCCUAAAUCCGCAGUGCCAUACAUACCUUUUUUUUUUUUUUUUUUUUACAGGUUGAUCUUUAUGUUGUUCAGAAUCACAGAUGGCCCUUUAGUUAACUAAUCUCAAAUCCUUUGGGUUCAGAUCUGCUGUUUAACAUUAAAUGCAAUUUUGAUGCUCUCCUCUUUUCCAGUGUACAGUUUUGAAUAAUAUAUUUUUUCAUAUAAAUUGUUGUAUAGAUGGAUUCAAAUAUAA